ACGGUACAUCAAAGAAACCCGACUUAACUAGUAAACUGAAUUCCAGUAACAUACUCUUGUGUUUUCAUUGAAUUUUUUGUUCCUUUUAUUGCAGUUCUUUCAUGGUCAUGAUACUCCAAUAGUUUAUCCAGCGAAAGAGACAGUCGCAGACAACGACACUAACGACACACCUUCUGAUGUUACAAACAGUUUGGAAACUCAAUCAGAACCAAUAUUCCCAAGUGAAAGUCCAUUUAACAACGUGGUCGAGUCGUUGAUCAAUACAGAAAUAUCCAGGAGCGAUCCUUGUGUUGCUGGAAAUGUUUUAGAGAACCUUAUGGCUAGCGAAAUUGAUGACCCUAAUGUAAGUGAUGGCUCUAACAAGGCAAUUGAGGUCAAGAACUCCAACGUGGCACAUGAGAUCCAUAGCCCUAACACGGCACAUGAAAGUAGUGCGUUCACAAAAGUAGCUCCUAGCAAGCAGUCUUGGCCCACAAGGGAGGUGGGUGAAAUACCCAAAGUGGAAGACAUACCGUUAUUUAUGCCCGCACCUGAAGGGGCGGUUGGGUAUACAUCUGAUAUUCCAGAACUAAUUUAUCGUGAUGAGAAAACCUCAGAAAUGUUGAAUGCCUUGGAAGAUAACACUGAAAGUUUUGAAAUCCAAAGUGAAAUUUUAAACAACACCGAUACGAUAAACAUUCCUCAGCAAAAUCAUACCCACGGGAGUGCGUCACCAGUGUCUGGCAAUAUUCCCCCGCAUAACACGCCUGUGAUUGGCUCAAAUAUAGGCGAGAUUAAUCUCCAGGAUGUACGGUUAGCACUUACAGCUUUUAAUGAUGAACUUGCAGAUGACCAUGUGGACAAUGGUCAUGACUUUCGCAGGUCUUUCUCAGCUGAUGUUUAUCAUGAGGAUAGAGAACAUGGAAUGAGACUGCGACACCAUUCAGGUAUUUGAACAAUAUACUAUAUUAUGUAGAAGUAAUCAGCUAACAUAUUUUAUGCUUGUUAAUUGCCAUAUCCUUUUUUCACUGUGGAUAACUUGGCACAUACCUAAAGUAUAAAAUUGAGAAAGAGCAACCAAGCAUUUAAACCAUAACAAUCAGGCUGUUAAGAAUACUUCUUGGAAUUUACCCAUCAACAAAACAUGAAAUGGGUGUUGGAGGCGAGUUGAAAUAUUUUUGACUCAAAGCCUAGUGUUCAUUUAGUGGCGACUGUCGCACACAAGUCGUUGUCAUCGAUGAGAAAUCGUCUGAAUUUAUCUUGUCAUUUGUGUGCUUAUUGAUUGUGAAAUAUUGAUUCUCUUUUUCAUCGGCCAUCUAUUCUUGACAUGCUUGCGACCAUGGUUUGAGCAGCUAAAGGCCGUUCUCUAUUGCGAUAGCCUCUUGAGUAAUCAGUUUUAAAAAACUAGUUGACCUGUGAUUAAAUUUAGUUCAACUUCCAUUGUGUGUCCGCGAUUGCCACCGCUUUGUGUGCGCUGCAUGAAAUCAUGUGAUUCAUUCUCCAAACGUUUUCAUUGAAUAAGUUUGUUUUUUUUCCUUCUAUAGAUGUGACCUUACCAACUAUACGCGACGACAUGGUUUAUGUCUCUGGUUUAGAUCCUCAAUUGCAGGUGGGCAUGUUUCGACAUACCGUCACCAUUAUAAUAAUAGUAUUAUAGUUAUGAGGAUUCUACUCGAUUAACGCAAUCAAAGCCUGUGACAAGUAGUUGUAGUGAAGUCAAAUCUGAACCUCUCUGUUAUAUAGAAUGCUGUAUACCAGACUAUGUUUACACUGUAUCAGAUAUACUCUGAUAUAGGUUCUUGGGCUUCGUUCGCGAAACAGUUCAGCCCCCCAACUGUAAACAAUUUCCUGGGAACAAGAUACCUCUUCUGAGCCACGACACUGGCAUUUUGAAUUAUGUUUUGAACCCAAAAUUGCUGCGAUUGAUCGCUUACAUUACAAUGAAGGCGUUCCGGCACAGCACGUGCCACGCACCAGUUCGAAUGGUGGCCAGAACGUCACUGCUUCGCAAUUCGUUACCGAAACUGACACGAUUACAUCGUUUCAUAUGUAAACAGAAGCCAUAUCUGGUAUGGUUAUUGCGUCGCUACGCAAGCGAUCCAAUACAAUGUAAACAUAGUCUCUGAUUCCGUUCUGUUGUAUUUUCCAGCCAGUACCUCCUAUUUCAGGAAGCCAAGAGUCUGUGGAGUUAUUCGACAAACAUAUCAAGGUAUUCAACCCACGUGGCGUAAUUGUUUGAAAUCCACCAUUUUGGGUGGAAGAUGUUUUUAAAGCUAAAUAACACAUACACGGCAUGAAUUAGCCGUCCAAUUUCCCAAGUUUACUUUGACAGAGCUCCAAAUGAUUGCCUUCAUUUAACUGGCUUAUCAGAAAGGUCAUUUUCUGGCGAAUUCAGACAGUGAAUACAGAAACAACUAUUUUGUGGUUAACUAAAAAAUACGCGAUUUUGAUUGGUCAACUUUCGCACCGACUGCAGUUUAAGGCUGAUUUCCACUGUUGCGUUUUUCAUACGUACGUAUACGCACGUAAAACUUUAAAUCCAUUUAAAUGUUACUUUAUGAAAUAACCAAAUAAAUAAAGCAACAUAAUUUAGUGUUCCGCAAGUUUUAGUAUGCAUUUGUUAACUUAUUUGUAAAAUAUUUAAAAAAUAGAAGGAUUCAAAGUUUUACGUGCGUGUACGUGCGUACGAAAAACGCAGUGGAAAUCAGCCUUUACUUUAACUACCUUUUUAUACAUUGUCAACCGGCCCCAGUACUGUAGGGUGAAAAACACUAAAAUAGAAUUGGCUGAUGUAAACCCGUUCAUUUAUCUACAAGCUUUUGUUGGUAGGGAUAUGCAACUAUAUAUCUGAAAAAUACAAAGCGAAAUUCGACGUUUUGAGCGAAGGCCCUUCGUCGAGCGAAGGCCCUUCCUUCGCUCAAAACGUCGAAUUUCGCUUUGUAUUUUUCAGGUAGUUCCAUCCCUACCAAUGAAAGCUUGUUGUUAUUGGCACUACCAACACUGACACAUACCGUUCAAGUUCAUUUAGCUACUCUGUUGUUCUUCUGUUUUAUAGUUGGCCAAAGAUUUUCUUGAACUUCGUAAAGAAAUAGACCGACAGUUAAAAAGGAGGUGAGUUGUUAUCAAUAUGCGCAGCAAUUGUUUUGCUCAUAGUAAGAUUUAAAUUUAAUCACAACGAAAACACGAUAAAUAUAUACGAACCUGUUAAUGGCUAACAUGUUUUAGUAUAGCUUAAUAUGAAGUUCUGUAUCUUCAGAUCUGAGUUGGAUCGUGAAUUGGAAAAGUAUGAAAUUGAACAACGAUCAAGUGCAAAGAACAUUGAGGAUUUUUCAGUUUUGACAAGUGAACAGGUAUUAAGAAUGGAAAGUAAAUGAUAGGCAUGAGCAACCUAAAAAUGACGCUGCUACUGCACGUAGGUCGAGGGGAGGUUGUUUGCUUAAGCUCUGGUCAAACGAGGAUAAAAGUCGACAAGAUUUGAUGAGGGAUUCAACUCUGGCGUUUAUCCAUGCACUCUCAAUAGAGACCUUAUGAUUUUAGGACGCCAACGCGACGGCGACGGCCAAAACAAACUCCUUCAAAUAAAUGGUAGUAAAGAUAGUUCGUCGUAUAUUAUCAAUCGCAUGAAUUUAAUAGUUUUAGAAGUUGAAGACAUGGGUUUUAUGGUUGGGAAGAGUUCUGCUAAACCCAGUUUGAAGUUGCACUUGUUGCGGCUUGGAAUGCAGCCGUUGUAUCAAGACGUGAAAAUCUGUGAUUUAGCGUUGUAAACAGAGCGAGGACAAUGUCUAAAUUAUUCAUAUAUUGUAAUUACUCAAUUAUUUUCAAUGAUCUAUUGUAUUGGUAGCCGUUGCUGUCGCGUUGCCGUCCUAAAAUCGUAAGGUCUCUAUUAACUUUGAGCUGGUUCAUUUUUGAUGAGAGGUUUUGCUCAGCUAUAGGAUCCCGGGCUUGGGGUACGAUAUUGUAUCUAACCAAUAUAUAGCCAUCUCUGAUCCUCGUUUAACCGGGGCUGUACGUUGGGUAACUUCCCUAUACUUGAGAACUCAUGUAAGUAGAGUUUGGUUGGUUCUGCCUGUAUCCCAACCCUUGGGUCUUAGUUGUUGAGCACGUGUAUCAUGAGCCUCUGCUGUGUAAUCGAAUAUUACUAAUAUAUCAUCUACAGGGUGUAUCAAAAUAAACGCAAUUCAUCUUUUGUGCUUAAUAACUUUCGAAAUACUAUUUCUAGUUAAACGCUUUUAGGCUUACUUCAAAGCCUGUUCCUUUCUCUUUCAAACAAACUAUUAUCCUUGUCUCCAAUGCUAGUAAUAAUUGCACAGGAAAAGAUUUAGUAAAACCUAUCAUUUUUAGUUGCUGUUUAAUUAUGCAAGUUUACUAUGUUAUUGUUUAGUCGGUUUAAAUGUUAGAAUUUUCUUCUUUAAACUUUAAUGUUGUCGUCACUACAUCUGGAAAACCACGUAAGAACAAAUUAAAAGUAUUUUAAAAGAGACCAGGUUGUUUGAAAAUCCUAAACGAAUGCUAAAAAUCGUCAAAACAUUCUGGUGUCUGAGCCAGAGUGUCAUCGCAUUGUGAUGUUAGGUAAACAGAAUUUAUAGCAAGUUGAUGUCAGUCAGCUUAGAUGGUCCAAGCCGAAAUUAUAUCGCAUUUGAAGUUUCAAACUGAGUUAAAAAUAGUGGAAGAAAAGCCGUAAUUAUACUUAUUGUUACAAUCCAUUUAAUAAAAUGCAACAUCUUUUUGUUUUAAUGAAAAAAUCAGUUAUUUUCAUGAGAACGAUUUGUUAUUCCAUCUCAAUUUUUUUAAUCUCCAAUCGCAAUAACGUAAAGUAUUAUUACCCGCGAACCAAUGAGUCAAAUUUAAGAAACAACCCACUGUUAGAAAGCUGAAUGGCUACGCUUUAAAAUGAAUGUAAACUUUAACGUUUUCGUCUAUUAUUUGUUUAGCAAUUUACAUUUCAGUCGAGGAUUGCGCUUUUUUUGAUACACCCUGUAUAUAUACAUGAUUUUUUUGUGAUAUUCAAAGCCAAUCAAAGGGGAGGCAUCCCUAAUGUGGUUAGACACCCGUAGACCAAUUAACGUGUUUAACUGAAAUGCUAUAGGUACACCAUUAUAAAGCAAACCAAAUCCAAAUCCAAACAAAAUUCAAACUCGAUUUAUCUUGACAAAAACCGUCGCAGCUAAUACUGGUUUCUAAUUACUGCUGUUCAAAUCGACUGGAUUAUACUGUUUAACCUAAAGUUUAACUUUUCUUUCCAGGAAACCCUGAAAUUUCUUCGUGAUGAAUUACUAGAGAAAAUGCAGCGAUAUACCUAAUCAAUGUUGGUUCUCGCAGCUUUUGUCUUUAUUUAAUAAAAUACUGGGAAAUGUAAAUUAUUAUAUACACUGCAUGCAUGUCAGAUAGAUAGAUAUUGACACUAUCAAAUGGAUUUUUUUAGUAAGUUUGUACUUGUAAAUAAUAAAACCGAGAAAUUUCAGAGAAUUUCAAUAGUAUACUAUUUCGCAGCCCUCGCCUGUUUGCUCAGUGAAAUUAAGGUAUGGAUCAAAAUAGUUAACCAGCGGCCUUAGGGAC